AUGGGAGCAGCGGGCGCGCCACUGCCGACCCUCCUCGAUCAGAAGGCCUACGUGGGCCAAGCGUUCGACGCGCGUGUCGAACCGGCCCUGGUCUCGCAAGUACUGACCCUGCUCCAAGACACGCACUCCGACGUAAAGAACCUCGCUGUGACUACCGGCUCGCGCUUUGCCACCAUGACUGAGGCUCUGUGUGCCGCACUGCGCUCGGACGACGAGGAGGAGCGCGAUAUUGCGUCGAUGGCGAGCGAGCGUUGCGCCGAUACGACGCAGGCCCUUGUCAAUGUGCUUGUGCCGUUCCUUGCAACACAGAUCAAUGAAAACACACACCAGACAACCGCGCUCGACGUGCUCAAUGAUGCACUGACGCUUGCACCAUCGCACAUGGCCACGCACCAGGGCUCCAUUGCGCAUGUGCUGCUAGCGCAUAUGGCCAGCGAGCGCUCGGCCGUGGCGCGUCGCGCGAUCCAGGGCCUCGCGCAUCUCGCGGCCCUCUGCAUGCCUGCUACGUGGGUCUUGAUCACGGAUCGUGGCCUGGCCGGUCUUUCACCGCCUUUCCACGCCGAGACAGCGUCCGUGCAGCUGCUACAAGCGCUCGCGCGCGAGGCACCUGUCUCUAUCCAGGCACAGGCUGCGAUUCGCGUCGAGCAGUUGCAUAGCGUGCUCCAGCGUGCAGACGGGCACGACGAGACAGAUGAGCUGCGCGAGACGUGCCUUCUUACGCUCCAGGCGAUGGUCGCAGCUGGCCUAGAUGUGCAGACGCGGCUUGUCAUCGCGCACAUGGCUCAGUCGGCGCUCGCGUACGACCCAAAUGCCGCCGAUGAUAUGGACGACAUGGAUGACGACGACGCACUCGACGUGUCAGACGACGAUGAUCUGGCAUGGCGCGUGCGUCGCGCGGCGUGUCGCCUGCUGUCUGAACUAUUUUCGGCGCCCGACGCACACGAGCUGUGCGCUGCCUCUCCAGCUAUCUCUGCGGCGCUGUGUGAGCGUUUGCGCGAGCGCGAGGAGGCCGUGCGUCUCGAUGCCCUGACAGCGCUGCGUCUCGUUUGGCGCGCGUGCACCGACGCUCCGCUCGACUCGCACGUCCUUGUAGAGGCGCUACGGACGUGGCGGAGCGCGUCGGCGCAAGCGGCUGCGCUCGCCGCGCUGAGCGAGCUGGCAGAGCGCCGCAUGCUCGCGACACAUGACGAGCCAGUCGUAUUGAGUAUGGCCCUCUACGCUCUCGAGAACGAUGCGCAUGCAGCGAGCUAUAUCGCUGCGCUCGUCCUUGUGCGCUACAUGUGCUGCCAAGCGCUAGCGAUGGCGCAGGAGGCGGCUAGCCGGCUCGCUGCUUCGCUCGCUCAUGCGGUACGAUCGACGAACCACCGCGCAAGUGUCGAGGCGCUGCACACGUGUGAGCCGUUCUUUGCGAAUGUGGGUCCUACGGCCCCUGGGCCUGCCUGCACGCUAGUCGAUGCGGUGUUGGCGCGCUGCGAACGUGCCGAUGCUGAUGCAUCCGUGCACGACGCUGGGCUCGUGGCUCUGAAUACGGCGCUCCGUGCGCUGGGCGAGCGCGCUGGCGAGCGAAUCCCUCGAAUGCUCGCCUUUAUAAAUGCACGCCUAUCGCUGGAGACGACACGCACACGAUGCUUACAGCUUGUGCAAAGCUGGACGCCCGAGCAGGUGCUGGGGUCAUUCGAGCCGGUGCAAGAGUUUGCAUUGACGUGCCUGCCGCUGCUUGCGGACCUUGCGCAGCGCCCGGCAACGGCGGUCAAUGCGCUAGAAGCACUCUCUACUGUGAGCCGAAUGAAACCUAGCCAUGUGCACGGCGUACGCGACGCAGUGCGCCAUAUGGUCGUGCAUAAUCUGCCGGCACCCGACUCUCCGUCACUCUUGCCAUUGCUUGAGCUUGUCAAUCGUUUUUCGAACCUUGAUCAGAGUUGGGCGGAGGAAACGCUCGAUGCGCUCCUGCCGCCUCUCGUGCCGCAGCUUGCCCGUAUGUCAUCGCCUUCAUUCAACGUGCUGCUGGACACCAUGAGUUUUCUGACGUCAUCAUAUGAGCAGCUCACCGUGCUUUUCACGGCACUGGUGCAUGCAUGGGUCGCUCAGAGCAGCGAACUAGCAUCACAAACGCUAGGGUACAUGACCAUUAGCGAACAAGUUGCUAACUUGCGCAACUGGCCCAAGGCGCAGGCAGUGUUUGCACAAGCCAGUGCAAGCACGGUGCCUGGGCAGGCGAUGGCCGUGACCGGCUUGCUGAUAGGCAGUCCGGCAUGCCGUGCGCCUUUUGUGCAAGCGCUUGCGAACGGCGAUGUGGGUGCGCUGCGUGCGUUGCGAGACCCUAUCAAGCGUUCGCCGUACGUAUUUUACUCGGAAGAGCCGACAGUAUGGACGUCAGUCAUGGGUCCGACAUUUUGUGCAGCAGCGCCAGAUAUGACCUCAGAGUGUGUGGCAUACAUGGUGUGGAUGGACACGCAAAUGAAAAUGGGCUCCGAACGGGAAUUUACGCUAUUACAUGAGCUGAUGCAGCGGAUGACGGCGCCGGACGCGUGUGGACGAGCGGUGGUGCUCGGUGCGCUGCGCGCGAUACUGCCGCUCGACAGCACGCAUGAUCUGGAUCCAGCGCUCGAGUCAUGUGUACCUGCGAUCCUGCAGCGACUGAGCGACGAGGACGUCUCGGUGCGGCAGGCAGCGGUUAUGGCACUGCGUGCCUAUCUGCAGAGCCGCACGGCGCUCGUGCUCAAGGCGCUCCCGCCGUUCCUACCGAGCCUGUACGACCUGACGCGCGUGCGCACCGAACUGCAGCGCCAGGUGCGCAUGGGCCCCUUUACCGUGAUGCACGACGACGGACUAGACUUGCGGAAGAAUGCGCUCGAGACGCUGGGUACGCUGCUGGACACGCCGCUUGCGCGGGAUGUGGCGCCCGAUGUACUGGCAUGUGUCGUGCGUGCACUUCAGGACGACGACGGCGUCAAGCUGAUGGGCUGCCUCCUCGCUGUGCACGUGGCCGACGUGGCAGGCGAGGCCGUGCGCCGCGCGAUCGCCGAUCUCGCGCCGCCGCUGCAGGCGAUCCUCGCGCGACAAGUGCGCGACAAUGCCACCAAGCAGGAUAUGGAAAAGGCUUCCGAAAUUGAUCUCGCGGCGCGGCGCGUCGUGAAGCGCCUCGCGCAGCUGGACCCUGCGUCGCCGGCCAUGGCUGAGCUGCUCGAGCGCGCCGCGACGCCGAGCGCCGUGCGCCGUGCUGCAUAG